GUCGCGCCAAAGCGUUAUCUUCACUUCAACGGCUGGCAUAAGAACAAGCAGAAGAGAAAAACGCAGCGGUAGCAGCGAUGCCGAUCUCCGCAACCUCUCUCCCAAACCGUAACCUUUUUGCCUUCGAAAAUCUCAUCAAAAGCUCCAAAUGUCAGAGAAAAUGGCGGAUCAGAUCAUCUUCCGCCGCUCCAGGCGUCGAUCUCAAGACGCUGGAAUCCGCCAUUGCGAAGAAAGAUAGUGAUGCCGUCAAAGAGACACUUAAUCAGCUGAGCCAAGUUGGUUGGGCUAAAAAAUGGAGUUCUCAACCAUAUGUAUCACGCCGUAUGACAUCGCUUAAGGAGCUGACAAGUCUUGGAAUUUUAAAUGCGGAGAAGCUUGCAAUCCCCAGUGUUAGAAAUGAUAUAACUUUUCUUUUCACAGUCGUGGGCACCACCGGUUUUCUUGGUGUGUUGGCUGGCCAGCUUCCUGGGGACUGGGGUUUCUUUGUGCCUUACUUAAUUGGAAGCAUAUCUUUGGUGGUUUUGGCAGUGGGGAGCAUUUCUCCUGGGCUUCUUCAGGCUGCAAUUGGUGGAUUUUCGUCAUUCUUUCCUGAUUACCAAGAAAGAAUUGCUAGGCAUGAAGCAGCUCAUUUUUUAGUUGCCUAUUUGCUUGGCCUGCCUAUCCUGGACUAUUCACUGGACAUUGGUAAAGAACAUGUCAAUCUGGUUGAUGAGAGGCUACAAAAGCUGAUAUACAGUGGGCAGCUCGACGAGAAGGAAUUGGACAGGUUGGCGGUGGUAUCUAUGGCUGGACUGGCAGCUGAAGGUUUGAAGUAUGAUAAAGUGGUGGGUCAGUCAGCUGAUCUUUUCUCACUUCAGAGAUUUAUAAAUAGGAGCAAGCCAAAGAUUAGCAAAGAACAACAACAGAAUCUAACUAGAUGGGCUGUUCUGUUCGCUGGAUCUCUCUUGAAAAAUAACAAGGCUGCUCAUGAAGCCCUCAUGUCGGCAAUGUCAAACAAGGCUACAGUGUUGAAAUGCAUUGAAGCAAUUGAAAAUGCUUCUUAGUUCUCCUGUUUAAUCACCAUCAACUGCAGAUUGAAUUCAUCUCAUCCAUUAUGGUAUGAUAGAACAUCGAAUUAUUAUCUCUCUCUCUCUCUCUCUCUCUCUCUCUCUCUCUCUCUCUCUCUCAUGAUUGUUGAUGUGCAAGAUCAUACGUGCUGUAAAUUGAGCAUUUGGAUCUUGUAAAUAUCAUGCGAUAUUCAGAAACCAGUUAUCUAUGAUUGUAUUAGAUGCAACAUUCAAAAUGUGGUGCAGUUUCAUGCUUACAUUUGGUAGGCUCCAUUGUGGGUGGCUCACUGUACAAAAUCCAAUGGUUUUGAUGUGUUCUUGUGGGACCAACUGGAAUUGAGAAUCUAGAAAUGUCAUCUUGUGGACUUCACUGUAUUCAAACAUUGGACAUUUUCUUUCAUUGUAAAUAUAAUUACAUCUCUAGUA